AUGGACGUCGACGAACUAGCCCAAUACCAAAACCAACUCGACAAAGUUGAUGUCGCACUACAGUCAGAUCCCCAAAACAUAGAGCUUCUAAAGCUAAAGCAAGAUUUAACUGAACUGAUCAACCUCACAAGUGAUUUGAUUGAUGCUGCUGAACCUAAUUCUCCAAAGAAAUCCCCAUCUAAUCCAACUUCUCCCAAAUCCCAAUCCCUUUCCUCUCCAACAACACCAACUAGUGCGACUAGUUCCAUACCUGUAUUCACAAGACCCAUACAAGUAGGAGACACUUGUCUAGCACGGUGGAGCGGCGACGGGCAGUUUUAUCCAGCCACAGUUACUGCUAUCGGUGGUGGUGAUCAAGUGUUUUCGGUCGUGUUCAAAGGUUACAAUAAUGUCGAGCUUGUCAACGUGCAAGACAUCAAACCGAAAGAACAGCGUGUAAACAGUAACGCAAAUAAUGCUAAUUCCAGGAAAGCCGAUAGGAAGGACAAAGAUAGAGAUAAAAAGAAGAAAUCGGGAGAUGGGCAAAAAAAGGUUAACGAGCAGGUUGUAAAACAGAAACAAUGGUUAGCGUUCGCUCAUUCUGCUUCAGCGGCGCCGGGUAGGAGAACAAAUAAGGCCAAGAGGUUAGUGCAGCCGCCGAUCAACAAGAAGAGUAUUUUUGCUACGCCGGAAAAUCCAGAGGGAAAAGGUAGGAAUGAAUGA